GACGAAAACGUGUCGGUGCGCCUGACUGCCAUCACGGUUCUGACUCAGUUGGUGCUAAAGGAUGUGAUGAAGGUCAAAGGUCAGGUCAGCGAGGUUGCUGCACUCCUGCUUGACCCUGAGCCACAUAUUGACAACCUUGCAGUCAACUUUUUCAAUGAACUCGCUGCAAAGGAUAAUGCCAUCUAUAAUCUGCUGCCAGACAUUAUAAGUAGGCUGUCCGAUCCAGAGAGAGGAAUGAAAGAGGAGGACUUCAGCACUGUUAUGAAGCAACUGUUUUCCUAUAUAACUAAGGAGAGGCAGAUGGAGAGCUUGGUGGAGAAGCUCUGUCAGCGUUUCAGAACUGCAAAGACCGAGCGGCAGUGGGCAGAUAUUGCUGUAUCUCUGUCGCUGCUCUCCAUGUGUGAGCGAGGCUUCAAGAAGCUACAGGAGUGCUGGGAGUGUUACAGUGAUAAACUUACAGAGGAUGCGGUUUACCAACCUCUGCUCUCCAUCUUGGCCAAACUCCGCCGCAGAGCCGAGCCCCAGUUUAAAGCUCAGGUAGAGGAGUUUGAGAAGAAGUUAACAGCAGUGCAUACAAAAGGUCUGGAAGAUGUGGAAAAUGAAGAGCGAGAGCAGCAGCUGGAAAAGCAGAAAAACACUCCUGUGCCCAAGAGUGCUCGCAGACCAACACGAGACACAUCAACUUCAGCUUAUUUUCGCACCUCUUGGUACCGUCUGAAUGACUAA